AGCAUGGUGGUUUUCGACACUGAUGAGGAGAUCAUGGCGUACCACGGCCCGCUCCUCUUCCCCGCGCGCAUCCUCGAGAAGACUGAGCGUGCCGGCGGCGCCGGCGGCUCAAAGGUGCGGCUGUAUCGCGUGCACUAUGACGGCUGGUCAAGCCACUGGGACGAGUGGGUCCCUGAGUCGCGGCUGCUGAAGGACGACGCAAGCGCGCGGCAGCUCCAAAAGGAGCGCAUCCGCGAGUUCAACCGCGCCUUCAAAAAGCACAAAAGGAGCGGCACCGAUGGCGCGGGCGCGGCUGGUGAGCCUCCUGCGGCUGACGGCGCCGCACCCGGCGAGGGCGGCGCGGCGGUGGCGAACAAGCGGCCGCGCGGCGGAGUGGUCCCGGCGGAUGACUCGAUCGCCGCCGAGGUGCGCGAGCAGCUCCGCCUGCCGCAGGGGCUCAAGCUCAAGCUGAUAGAGGACUGGGAGCGGGUCUCGAGGGAAAAGGCGCUGGUGCCGCUGCCACGCUCGCCCUCGGUGCACGAGCUCCUCUCCGAGUUCGUCGCCGCCAAGGCCAAGCGCUCCUCGCACGAGCGGCUCUACACCGAGGUCUGCGAUGGGCUCCGCUCGUACUUCAACCAGGCCCUCGGCGCGAUCCUGCUGUACAAGUUUGAGCGAAGGCAGUUGCAGCAGCUGCGCAGCGAGAAGCCCGACGUGCCGCUGGUCGAGCUGUACGGCGCAGAGCACUUGCUCCGCCUAGUCGUCAAGCUGCCGGAGCUGCUUGCGCACGCCAAGCUGCAGCGGGAGCACAUGACGGUGCUGGUCGCCAAGCUGAUGGAGCUGCUCAAGUUUCUUCAGGCGCACAAGGCCAAGUAUUUUGCCGACGAGUACAUGCAGCCCGACGAGGAUUACCUGCUCUGGUGGGCCUCUGAGUGAGCGGCGGCGGCCGGGUGGGGUGGGUCUUGAGAGGUUGCCGGGCCAUCGCGAAUGAGCGAGUGAGUAGCAUAAAGUACGCGGCACCCCUCGCACGGGCCACUCGCCAGCGCGCGAGAGCCAGAGCGGCUGGCAGAGGUGAGAGGACUCACACGUGUCAAUCGCGACCAAAAUUGCGCAUGACCA